UCAACGAUUUGAAAUUAUUACUCCAUCAGAGUAAGACAUAACGUGCGCGGUAUUUAUAUCACUGCGCAUCAAACUCAGGACAAUCUAGUUAUUCAAGUUGCAAUUAGUCAAACAAUUAUAACAAGUGACAUGGUUCAUAUAGAAUGGGCUCCAUUAAACAUACCAUUGAGAAGACGACUGCAAACGUUAACUGUCGGGAUUUACAUGUGCAGUUUGUUUAUACUGGGAUUGUAUUCGUAUUUUGUGUGCGGUCUCAUCUUUUUUUUGGGAAGUAAUUUCGUAAAAGUGCUAGUAAUAGCAUAUUUCGUUUGGAUUUUUUUGGAUAGAGAACGAGCCCAGAACUGUCUUCGAGGUCCAGGACAUAUAAUUUGUAUUUCUAAUUAUUUCAGUGUAAGAUGGAUGAGAGAUAAUUUCUUCUGGAAGCUAUUUCGAGAGUAUUUUCCCGUUGAAUUGGUAAAAACAGCUGAAUUACCACCGAACAAAAACUACCUUUUAGCAUGUUUUCCACACGGAGUCAUAGGUUUUGGUCCUUUCACAAACAUGUGCUCAGACAUAUCAAAAUGGAACGACUUAUUUCCGAAAGUUCGAGUUCAUUUGGCAACUCUAGCUGUGCAUUUUAAUUCACCUAUUUGGCGUGAAAUUAUUCAAUCAUGGGGAAUGGUUUCUGCUUCAAAAAGUUGUCUUUUAAAAAAUCUUACAACUUCAAAUGAUCCUGACGACCCAGUGAAUAGAGAUGGCUAUUCUGCCAGUGCUGUCGGUAUUUUGAUUGGUGGCGCAGAAGAAGCCUUGGAUGCUAGACCGGGCAGUUAUACAUUGACUCUAAAAAACCGCAAGGGUUUUAUUAGGGUUGCUAUGGAGUCAGGUGCUGCCAUUGUACCAGUUUUUUCAUUUGGAGAAAAUGAUUUAUUCGAUCAACUUCCUAACCCACCAGAAUCGAAAUUGAGAAAGUUUCAAUCGUUUGUUAAAGAAAAAACAGGUAUUCCACCCUUAGUGACACUAGGGAGGGGGUAUUUUCAAUACAGUUUUGGACUUUUGCCACAACGCAGGCGCAUAGUUCAAGUUGUUGGUGCUCCUAUUGAUGUACCUCAAAGUGAUAAUCCAAAAGAGGAAGAUGUUGAGAAAUUUCACAAAAUAUUUACAGAAAGUUUGAUUGAUCUUUUCGAGGCACACAAAGCGAAGUACAUACACAAUCCAGACGAUGCUGUUUUAGUUUUUAAAUAA